AUGGAACGAAAACUUUUAGUAACUGAUGGAUGUGCUCAAUUCAGCACUGAUUCAGUCUCAACGAAUGGUCGGACUUUCAAGUGGAAAGUUUUCAGAUUCACAACUUCACAAGAAAUUCACUUUGAGUUCUCCCAAUUAAUUUGUGAUGUCUACGACAAUGUCUUCUGCAAUGGAGUCUCGAACUGCUCUCUCGUCGGAAAUGACGCAUUAUUUUCAUCUUUGACAAGCAACAGUAGAAAACGAAGGAGUGCUUCUCGGGAGACAGCGAUUCUUAGACAUGAGUUUUAG